GCCGGAUGCGGCCGCUCACGUGGGCGCAGGGUGGCUGCGCCCCCCCCCCCACCCGGAAGCUGCGAUGGUACGAGCCGGCCGGCGCGGUCACGUGGGAGCGGCUGCGAUGGCGGCGCGCGCUGGCUGCAGAGCGUGACUGGAGAGAGCCCUGCCGGCAGCUCGCGUGUGACCCAGAGCCUGCUGCUUCCUGCUGCUGCUGCCGGGACCAUGGUGACGGAGAAGGAGGUGGAGGCCAUCGGCCAGACGCUGGUGGAUGCGGCGCAGCCGCUGCCGGCCCGAUUCCGGGCCCUCUUCACCCUGCGCAACCUGGGCGGCCGCGCAGCGGUGGACUGGAUCAGCCGAGCCUUUGGAGACAGCUCCGCACUGCUGAAGCACGAGCUGGCGUACUGCCUGGGCCAGAUGCAGGACGAAGCGGCCAUCCCUGUGCUGGUCCGGGUGCUGGAGGACACCCGCCAGGAGCCCAUGGUCAGGCACGAGGCGGGUGAAGCUUUGGGUGCUAUUGGGAAUCCUGAUGUGCUGGACGUCCUGAAACGCUAUUCGGAAGAUCCCGUGGUUGAGGUGGCGGAGACGUGUCAGCUGGCAGUGAGGAGGCUGGAGUGGCUUCAGGAGAACAAGGAGGAGCCAGGUGCCAGCCCCUACCUGUCGGUGGAUCCCGCUCCUCCCGCUGAGGAGACGGAUGUUGCCAAACUCCGUGAAACCCUCCUGGAUGAGUCGCGCACUUUGUUUGACCGCUACAGGGCCAUGUUUGCCCUGCGAAACCUGGGGAGCCGGGAGGCUGUGCUGGCACUGGCUGACGGCCUGCGGUGCGGCAGCGCCCUCUUCCGCCACGAGAUCGGCUACGUGCUGGGCCAGAUGCAGCACGAGGCCUGCGUCCCCCAGCUGACGGCCGCGCUGCGGAGCCGCGCCGAGAGCCCCAUGGUGCGCCACGAGUGCGCCGAGGCCCUGGGCUCCAUCGCCCGGGCGUCCUGCCUGGAGACCCUGCGGGCCUUUGCCCACGACGAGGAGCGGGUGGUGCGGGAGAGCUGCGAGGUGGCGUUGGACAUGUACGAGUACGAGAACGGCUCCCAGUUCCAGUACGCUGACGGGCUCUGCAAGCUGCAGGCCUCCGCCUGAGCCCUCGGCUGGGAAGCGCUGGCCGGGGCGAGCUGCCUGCCACCCCCAGGCCCGCUCUCCCUGCCCUCCAUCGACACACAGGGCCUGCGAGGCCGGAUCUGUGCCCUGCCCCGGCACAGAUGAAGGAGGAACCAGCUUUUGCUCUCUGGCAACGUUACAGCCUGUUUCUUUGUCCAAAUCCAGGCUGAGCUGCUACUUGCCCCCCGUUUCCUGGGCCUGCCCCCCUUCCCUUUUGCUGGCAGGAUCAGCAUUGCCUGCCUGCAGCCCGUCUUGGGGCUGGGGCUGGGUGGGCUCUUCUCUGCGUGUCGGAGCCUAUCGCAGCUGCGUGGGGCCUGGGGCUGCUCUGGGGCUGCCCUGCAAUGGCAGCUUGGUGCGAAAAGGCUCUGCUCACCUUGCUUUAGCUUCUCCGGAGGGGCCAGGGUUGGCUUCAGGCCAUCGCUCCCGUGGGCUGUAGCUACACAAUGUCUAGAAAUUGCUCCUGGUGUUGGUGCAGAGACGGAUCCCUCCUUGCCACGACGGCUGCAGGGGUGGUGGAGGAGCUGGUGUGGGUUUGGCCUCUCCUGUCAGGGCAGGCUCCUGUGCUUGCAGCAGCCUUUGCCCUAGGUUGGAGGUUGUUUCAUGGCAAAGUCUGGAAGAUUUGGCCAUGGUUUUUCUUUCUGCAGGGAACCACUCUGUGAUUAGGGCUUACAGGGUGAGGCAGAGCCUGCCUGGACUUCCCCUGUGUUUAACCAGACCUGGCAGGGCUGAGGCUGGUGUCUCCUGCUGUCACCCAGCACCCCAGUGCCCUGGGCUGCCCCAGUGCGGACGUGUGUGGGGCUGGGAGGAAAUAAAGCGUUGGCCUUGUGCACUA